AUGGCCAAGCUGGAAGCUAGGGCCAAGAAGCAGCGCCGGGUGGGGCCCAAGAAGGUUCCAGAGGCAGCCGGGGCUGCCAUCAAGUUUACCCAGGGCGGCGGCUCUCCGCCGCCUCCCCGUGUUGAGCCAACGCUCUCGCGGCAGAGGAGGGAGUCGACCCCGCAGUCGUCGAUGCGCGCGCCGCCCGUCGUGAUCGUGCCGCCUGCGGGCACGUCUUCAGCUGCGCCUUCUGCGGCGCUCGGUCGUGGCACCCAGGGUGAGCCGGUCCACCGGCCCACUUUGGAUGAGAUGUUUCCGCGCCGCGCUCCUCUGUUGGGGCCUGCAGCCGGGGCCGGCAGGGGUGCGCCACCGGCGACCGGAGCCGGGGCCGGCAGGGGUGCGCCGCCGCCGACCGGAGCUGGAGCCGGUGGGGCUGUGCCGCCUGAAGCUGGAGCCGGCGGGGCUGCGCCGCCUGAAGCUGGAGCCGGCGGGGCUGUGCCGCCUGAAGCUGGAGCCGGCGGGGCUGCGCCGCCGGAGGGGACGCGCCCGACGCCGGAGAAGGCAUCCCCCACCGCGGCCUUCCCUGAGGCGCAGGAGGCGGCAUUGACGGCGGUUGGCAAGGCGCGGGAGGCGCGCCGGCAGGCUACUGGGGAGCAAAGCUCCGCUUUCUUCACCAUGGAUGACUAUCUGGCGUCCAUGGCCGCCCGCUGGCUGGAGACGGCUCCCGACCGCUUCCUCGACUGGAAGGAGUCGGCCGCACGUGCCGGAGCCGACAUGGCCCUCUCCUUCGUGCUCUCUUGGUACGAUGAGGUCAAUCUUGACCAAUUGGAGUGCCGGAGGGCUGAUGUGGAGGAAGGUCUCUCGGCGGAGAACAAAACCGCCCGGCUCGCCCGCGCCUGCGCCAUCGCCGACUUUGUCGACAAGCGCGUCUUCAUCGAGGAUCCGAACCCGCCUUCUGAUGACGAGGAGGAGGAGGAGGCGGAGGACGACGCGGACGCGCCUGAGGCGGACCCGGCAGCCGGCGACGCUGAUGCUCCCCCGACUGGUCCUGAUCCAGCCGGUGCUUAA